AUGUGUGAUGCACUAAACGAGAGAGAUAAAGGUAAACUGCCUAGUCAACCUCAACAAGUUCAGAAAAGUGCAUUUCAGGUAAGCACCUCAACUUGCAAUGAGUUCUCUCGUGACCAUGUGAAUUUUGUCACCACUCUUCGUAGUGGUGAGGUUGUUGAUAACAAUGUAGGUGUACCACAGUCAGUUGAGUCUAAAUCAGACUCACCGGUGCAUACGACUCCACAGAAAACACCAGUUGUGGAAAAGGAAUCCGAGCAUGAUAGUGACUCUAAGAAUUCCACUGAUAUCAAUGUCCCUGCACCAUCUCAUGUCCCUGUUGCUCCAUUUCCUCAAAGAUUGGUGCAACAGAAGAAAGGUACCCAAUACAAUGAGAUCGGAAGCUUCAUGUGCAUAAGCGUGCCUUUCUCACUGAACAGGUCUUGGGGAGAUGAAACCCACUCUGUUACGCUACAAUUAGCGGACAGAUCUGCGAAAAUCCCUCGUGGUAUUGUUGAAGAUGUGUUGAUCAAGGUUGAAAAUUUUUAUUUUCCCGUGGACUUCAUUGUGUUAGAUACCCAACCUGUGCAAUAUCAUGAUGAUCAUAUUCCAGUCAUUUUAGGACGUCCUUUCUUGGCAACGUCCAAUGCUAUCAUAAAUUGUCGUAAUGGAGUGUUGAAUUUAUCUUUCGGUAACAUGACCGUAGAACUCAAUGUUUUUAACAUUAGUCAACAACCCAUGGAUUGUGAUGAUAGUGAUUUGCAUGAGAUUAACAUGAUUGAGAGUCUGAUUCAAGACUCAUUGCCUGACAUUUUAUCUGUGGACCCUUUGCAAGCAUGUUUAGAUAACUUUGACUUAGAUCUGCUUGACUCUAAGUACAUUAGUGAGGUUCACUCUUUGCUUGAAUCUGUGCCACCCAUGGAUAUUGCCAAAUGGCAGAAUGCAGUGGAAUCACAUCCACUCUCUGAUUCCGAAUCUGCCCCAAUUCCUGAUGAAUCACCUAAGCUUGAUUUAAAACCAUUGCCUGAUACUUUGAAAUAUGCUUUCUUAGAUCCUUCUGAGACUUUUCCCGUCAUUAUUGCAUCAUGUUUAGACACAGAGCAGGAAAGUCAACUUUUAGAAGUGCUUAAAAAACAUAAAGAGGCCUUAGGUUGGACCAUCUCAGACCUUAAAGAUAGCCAGUGGGUCAGUCCCAUUCAAGUUGUACCCAAGAAGUCUGGCAUUACUGUAGUUCAAAAUGAAAUGAAUGAUCUUCUUACAAAAGAUGUUGCAUUUGUCUUUGAUGACGCUUGUAAAAAGGCGUGGGAGCAAUUGAAAGCUCUUCUUACAUAUUCUCUUAUAGUCAGACCACCCGACUGGACUUUGCCAUUUGAAAUUAUGUGUGAUGCGUCUGACUAUGCUGUAGGAGCUGUUUUAGGUCGGCGAGUAGACAAGCUCCCUUAUGUGAUCUACUAUGCUAGUAAAACACUGAAUGAUGCUCAACUGACUUAUUCAAACACUGAGAAAGAAUUGCUAGAUGUUGUGUUUGCAUUGGAUAAGUUUAUAUCUUACUUGAUAGGAUCCAAAGUCAUCAUAUAUUCUGACCAUGCUGCAUUGAAAUAUCUUUUGUCUAAAAAAGAUGCUAAAGCUCGUCUAAUUCGAUGGGCUGGUACCCAAAGAAAACUUCAACUCAAUGAGUUGGAAGAAUUACAGAAUGAUGCUUAUGAUAGUGCCAAAAUGUAUAAACAUAGGAUGAAAGUGUUUCAUGACAAGCGCAUUUUGCGCAAGUCUUUCACACCUGGUCAAAAUGUUUUAUUCUACACCACUCGUCUGCAUCUCUUUCCAAAACUUGAAAAUCCAACAACCAACAACAUCUUCAAGGUCAAUGGUCAGAGAUUGAAACCAUUUCUGGAGCCACUUCCACCAGAUGAGACCACCGACUUGGAAGACCAUGUUUAUGUGGACUAA